AUGGCACCAUUCAUUCGAUCUAGGGCUGUGGCCUUGGCUAGGCAGUGCAAGUCAUCAAAUAGACAGAUAAUCUUAACAGUCUCGGUCCCAACUCCGGGCUGUGCAAGGAGGUGGUACUCUGCAUCAUCUCCUACGCCCGCAACUAAUGAACAGGCUACCAGGCCAAGUCUAGGAUCAAUUAAGAUCAAUGGACGUGACUACCAAAAGGAUUCCUGGUUUAAUGUACCAUCAAACGUUGUCAACGCAACAUCACGGAAGCUGCAUCUGCAGAAGGACCACCCCCUGGCAAUAACUAGGGAAAUCAUUGAGAGCAAAUUCCCUGCUCCCACCUUCAAGUAUCACAAUACCUUUGACCCCGUUGUCUCCACCUUUGAAAACUUCGACUCCCUGGGCUUUCCCGCAGACCACCCAGGCCGUGCUCGCAGUGAUACCUACUAUGUCAACAAGGACACACUCCUGCGGACGCAUACCAGCGCCCAUGAAUUGGAGCUGUUCCGCCGCAAUGAGAGCCAGGGCUAUCUGAUCAGCGCCGACGUCUACCGCCGAGAUGAAAUCGACAGGACCCACUACCCCAUCUUCCACCAGAUGGAGGGCAUGCGAGUAUGGGAUCGGGCGCAAGUGCCUGGGGGCGACGUUGCCGCGGCGGUUUGGGCUGACUUCGAGAAACUGCCGACGCAUGGAGUCAAAGUAGAGGAUCCAAACCCGUUCUUCCACCCGGAGCGUAACCCGCUUCAGGAGCAACAUCACUCGCCUGCCGAAGCCGAGGCCAUCUCGGCCCAUCUAAAACGGUCACUUGAGCUCAUGGUAGUGGAAAUCUUCACAAGAGCUCGGCAGGCCGCCAGGAAAGCCGCAGAGGACACAACGCGGAAGGCACUCGCAAAGGCUGAAAAGAAGGCAGCCAAGGCAAAGGCUGUGGGUGAGGCAGUAACCGAGCAGCCUACAAUUUCAGCAGAGCCUGCUCCAGCGGUCGAAGAAGAGCCCCUCCGUAUGCGCUGGGUGGAGGCAUACUUUCCGUUUACCAGCCCGUCUUGGGAACUAGAAGUCUACCAUGGUGGAGACUGGCUUGAGGUCCUUGGGUGUGGAGUAACCCAGCAGCAUAUCUACAUAGAGGCUGACCAACCAUCACAACUUGGCUGGGCCUUUGGUCUUGGCCUCGACCGCAUUGCUAUGCUGCUGUUCCAGAUUCCCGACAUUCGGCUCUUUUGGUCGCAAGACGAGCGGUUCCUGUCUCAGUUCCGCGGUGUCUCAGAAAACCCGGACUUGUUGAAAUUGUUCAAGCCGUUCUCUAAAUACCCGGCCUGUCGAAAAGACAUCUCAUUCUGGCUCAAGUCCACUUCGUCUGCCGCCGGUGGUGGUCUCGGAGGGCCAAACGAUUUCCACGAGAACGAUGUGAUGGAGAUCGUCCGCGGUGUGGCUGGUGAUGUGGUUGAAGAUGUACAUCGCGCCGACGAGUUUGUUCACCCCAAGACUGGCAGGCGUAGCUUGUGUUACCGGAUCAACUACCGAAGUCUAGAGCGCACUCUCAAAAACGAAGAGAUCAACAAGCUGCAUAGCCAAGUGUCCGAGGAACUGGUUCAGAGACUCGGAGUAGAAAUCAGGUAG